AUGCUGCAGCGAUUGAGCUUGUAUCGGCCAAGGAUCUGGAGGCUUAUCCGUCGUUAUAAAUUAGUCCUGAUUCUACUGCUGGUCCUAUUCCUCAUUUACCGAGGUCAUGUAGUGAAAUAUAAGGAUAAUACCGACCGACAGGCUGAAUUGCCGGGAUGGGAACGCGAGAAGCCCCUGAAAAUAGGCGAUUAUCUGGACCAAAAGAAAAACACAGCGCUAAUAGUGCCUCAGGACUUCUGCAAGAUCAAAACAUUUCUGGUUAUUGCGGUUUGCUCCAGCCUAGAACACUUUGCUCAACGGAAGACUAUCCGGGAAUCAUGGGGAAAUACCAGGGAUUUUAAUUAUAAAGAAUUUGUGAAGCUUCAUGGUCACCUCGAAGGCAAAUACCUGCCCAUAAUGAAAGAUCGUCUAAGGCACUACGCGGAUUAUAUCAGUGUUUUGGGUCACUCCCUGACCGCCAGUGUGCGUAUUGUGUUCAUAGUUGGACGAUCCAAGCACAAGUCCAUGCGGGAAGAUGAAAAGUUGUCCAGAGAGGCCAAUCGUCAUAACGACAUCAUCCAAGAGGACUUUGUAGACAGUUACCACAACUUGACCUUAAAAUCGGUAAUGGCAUUAAAGCAUAUCAGCCAAAGUUGCGGAAACACAUCCGCCUUCUUCCUGAAAUGUGACGAUGAUACAUUUGUAAAUGUGCCCAAUCUACUCCACUUCCUGCUGGGGGGUACUAUCCCCCUGUAUAAAGAUACGGUGGGCUAUCACUUCCGGACCACUUAUAAAGUAAUGUCGCCGUGGAAUCGUUUAAGCGCCACCGACGAAGUAAUGUACGGCCACAAGUUUUGCAACAUGGAGGCCAACUUCGAUGCGAGCAGUCCUUGGUACAUGCCGAAAUACAUUUUUCAGGGUGCAAAGUACCCAAAGUAUCUGUCCGGAACAGGCUAUCUGCUAUCCAUCGAUGUCGUUAAGCGGUUGUACAAGGAAUCUCUCACCACAUCGCUCGUUCAUCUCGAGGACGUCUUUGUCACUGGAAUCUGUGCGGAGGAGGCGGGAAUCCAGCGACGCUACCAUCCACUCUUCAACUAUGUUUACCAGAAGCCAUUGUGCAUAUUCAAGGGAACCAUUUCCCUUCACCCGGUGCCAGAGACUAGAAUGAUGGAGGCCUGGAAUUUCGUUGCCAACUAUAGCAUAAAAUGUCCAACGCCAGAUAAUCUCUUUCUCAAAAGCCAAAUAGCAAAGAAAUCGCACUGUUAGGAUAUUGACUACAUUUAAUGCUAGUUCUUUAGAUCUUUUAUUAGUCAUAAGAUAAGCUUAGAUUUACACAUUUAUAUCAAUAUCAAUUAAUAACUUAAUUACUAAUUUAUUUUCAA